UACAGGUCCUUCCUCAGGACUGACCUCCUCCUGCCCAGGGAGGGGGUGGGAAAGGCGGGUUGGAGACGCCUGAUGUCACACAGCCCUACAUAAGGGCCUCCUUUAGACUCCUGCGGGUGGUUUGGAAGCAGCUGGAGGAAUGAAUUAGGUCCUGGUUGUGGGUUUUUGUUUUUUUUUUUUUUUUAAGUCAGACACAGACACAGCUGUUGAGCAAAAUGCAGACUCCACAGAAAACCCAAAGCCUCAGACCCUUCAAGCAGAGGAAGAGUUUAGCAACCAGACAAGAGGAAGUUGCUGGAAUCCGGGCAAAGUUCCCAAACAAGAUCCCGGUGAUAGUGGAGCGCUAUCCCAGGGAAAAGUUCCUGCCUCCGCUGGACAAGACCAAGUUCCUGGUCCCUCAAGAGCUGACCAUGACCCAGUUCCUCAGCAUCAUCCGGAGCCGCCUGGUCCUGGGGGCUUCUGAAGCCUUUUACUUGCUGGUGAACAAUAAGAGCCUGGUCAGCAUGAGUGUGACCAUGGCAGAGGUCUACAGGGACUACCAGGACGAGGACGGGUUCGUGUACGUGACCUAUGCCUCCCAGGAGAUGUUCGGCUGCCUGGGCUCCGGGAAGACCCUGCCGUCCUCUGCAGAGCAUGUCUAGAACCUGUUUUCAAACCUGCGGAGACAUGGACCAGCCCCAGUGUGUGCGGCAGGCAGUGAUCAGCACCAGCCAUCACAGGGACACCUGGCCACCCCUGUCUCCUUUGUGAGGCUCCAGGCUCCCAUGUGCUCCAUGUAAGAUGGCAUACUGGCUCUUGGGAAUCGUGUAAAUAACCCUUCCCGAUAUGUCUUCCCUCCUGCAUCGACCUCAGGCUGCCUCGUUUGUGGUGGACAGUGCCCAGUUUCCUGCUGUAUAACCAACCAGCCCAAGUUCAGUGCAUGAAACCAUCAUGGCUUUUUUGCACUUAUGGAGUCUGUGAGUAAAGAUACCAGAAAGUGCACAGUGGCAACAGCUCCCUGCUGUCGGGGGACUCAGCUGGGAGACCCGAGGGCUGGGAGUGACUUGAACGGCUAGGAGCUGGGAUCAUCUGGAGGCUUCUUUGGUCUCACGUCUGACUCCUGGGCUAGGAUGACUCAAGGCCGGGCCCAGCUGAGACAAGAGGAGCUCCAUGUGCCUCUCCCAGUGUGGGUUCCAGGAUGGCCAUCCUCAGAAGGAGAAGUGGAAGGGCAUGUGAUCCGAGGAACCAAGACCGCAGCUGACCUGUCCCUAGGCGAUGAAGUCCAAUUGAUUUUGGUCCGGAUUUUUUUUUCCUUUAUUUUCUUAGCAUCUACUCAGAUGCAUAAGAUUAAAUGGCAAUGUGUACUUCUGUAAAUUAUGACUACUUUUCUGUUACAGUAUUCAUCAUUGUCUAUUGAUUUUUACGAGCUCACAAAGUUGAGUGAUUCCCUCUUUGUAUGCCAUAUGUAUUAAAAAUAAUUACCCAGUUCCUUUGGUCUUGUUUAUGGCAGACUGUCUUACAUAAAUCCUUUUUAUUCUUCUGUGAUCUUUUCCUUGUGGAUUCUGAGUUCAUGUUCUCAAUAGAAAGUUUCUCCUAACUCCACGAUUAUAAAAAGUAUAUACCCAUCCUGUGUUUACUUCUA